UCGAUUAUUCAGCCUGCUCGACGUGCGGUUGCUGCGCAGCGUGAAGGCAGAAGCGUCCGACUCAGCUCGGAGGGAGAGUGGAAGAAGGACUCAGACUAAUGUUGUUGUAGCGGAAAAUACCUUCAGAUCCACACACUGCCACCGCUGGAUUCAAAACAACCCAUGCUUUCCUCCCAGGUUUGGCACACGGAAUAACAACCGCGCAGGAGGGGAUACAAACAGCAUUUUCCCACACUAGGAGAAGUUUGUACGCGGAGUUUCAGGAGGAGUUUCGGGCUGUGGGCUGACUAGAGCUAGCCUGGCUUGCCCGCUGCUCGUCCCUCCUGCCCCGGUCAGCCAGCCCCAAGUUAGCCCGCUGUUCUGGUCUGCUUCCAGCUGUGGAGGAUCAUGGCGCUCAAAGCCAGGGCGCUGUACGACUUCAACUCUGAGAACCCCGGAGAGGUGUCUGUGAAGGAGAAUGAGAUCUUAACUUUGUACAGUGAGCAGGACAUUGACGGAUGGUUUGAGGGGGCUAACAGCAAAGGAGAGAGGGGUCUGUUCCCCGCUUCGUACGUGGAGAUACUGAGGAACGACGCCGCCUCCACGUUGAACAACAACAGCUGCAGCAGCACAUCUGGGGACACUUACCCGGACUCACGAUACGCCAACAUCCCAUCCGGAGGUUUUGACGGCUCAAAUAAACCGCAGAAUAACUUUUCUAAACCGUCUCCCCCUUCUUUCCCCGCUUUCUCCCCACCACCUCCAGCACAGCAGCACCCACAGCAGCCCAACAUCUACCAGCCCAGUCCAGGCAGCGACGAUGACUGGGAUGAUGACUGGGAUGACAGCUCCACUGUUGCAGACGAGCCAGGGACUGUUGGAGGAAGGUAUCACGACUAUGAAGGAAAUGGACCAUCUACAUACAGAGUCACAACAUCCUCCAUGUCCAGAGGUAAUGCACAGCAAGCAAAGAGCUCGGCCACUGUCAGUAGAAACCUGAACCGGUUUUCCACCUUUGUGAAGUCAGGAGGAGAAGCGUUUGUGCUCGGGGAGGCAGCUGGGUUUGUGAAGGACGGGGACAAAAUCUGUGUGGUGCUGGGUCAGUAUGGUCCUGAGUGGCAGGAGAACCCCUACCCCUUUGCUUGUUCUAUUGAUGACCCCACUAAGCAGACCAAGUUUAAAGGUAUGAAAAGCUACAUGUCCUACAAGCUAACCCCCACCCAUACGCAGAACCAGGUGAACAGGAGGUAUAAGCACUUUGACUGGCUGUACGCUCGGCUGGUGGAGAAAUUUCCUGUCAUCUCGGUGCCCCACAUCCCUGAGAAGCAGGCCACAGGGCGCUUUGAGGAGGACUUUAUCUCCAAGAGGAGGAAAGGCCUCAUAUGGUGGAUGAACCACAUGACCAGCCACCCAGUCCUGGCUAGGUGUGAUGUGUUCCAGCACUUCCUCACCUGCAACAGCACUGAUGAAAAGUCCUGGAAGCAGGGCAAGAGGAAGGCGGAGAAGGACGAGAUGGUUGGAGCCAACUUUUUCCUCACUAUCAGCACCCCUGCUGCUCCGCUGGACUUCCAGGAGGUGGAGAGCAAAAUAGAUGGAUUCAAGACUUUCACCAAGAGGAUGGAUGACAGCACCUUGCAGCUGAACGCCACUGUCAACGAGUUUGCCCGCAAGCAGAUCAGUGGCUUUAAGAAGGAGUAUCAGAAAGUGGGGCUGUCAUUUAAAGUCCUCAGCCAAGCCUUCGAAAUGGACCAGCAAGUGUACUCAACCGGACUGAACCAGGCCAUCUCCUUCACCGGGGACGCGUUUGAGUCCAUCGGGGAUUAUUUUGCUGAGCAGCCUGGCAAGGAUCUAGACCCCAUUAUGGAUUUGUUGGCUCUUUACCAAGGACAUCUGGCAAACUACCCAGACAUCAUCCAUGUCCAGAAAGGGGCCUUGACGAAAGUGAAAGAGAGCCAGAAGCACGUGGAGGAGGGCAAGAUGGACCCAGCUCAGGCGGAGGGCAUCAACGAGCGCUGCAACAUCAUCUCUUGCGCCACACUGGCUGAGAUCCAGCACUUCCACCAAAUCCGCGUGCGAGACUUCAAGGCUCAGAUGCAGCACUGCCUUCAGCAGCAGAUAUCCUUCUUCAAGAAAAUCACCGGCAAGCUAGAGGAGGCUCUGCAGAAAUAUGACAACGCGUAAAAGACGGCUUGUCACAGCCCGUUGGUUUGGACCCUUGGUGAUCGAUGACCGUGCACCUUCUUCUGCCAGCCAGUGGAGAUUUGGCACACAGCAGCCUGCACCACAUACUGUGAAUGGUGCUCAUCCAGCAGGGAGGAACAUUGAAGGAGAUUAUGCGCCAGUAAUACGGACAUUUAUACCAAAUCCAGGUUUCUCUGCGUGUUGGCCACAUUUUUUCGUGAGGAGAUGUCCUUGUCUAAGCAAGGAUAUGUAAUUUAAGGAACUUGUGAUACAAACAACAAUCUAAUGCCUUUAGAUUUAAUGAGAGCAGUGAUAAUAGAGCACCAUUUCUUCUGGUGCAUGGGUGAAUUAAAUCUAAUCAACAUCAUGACCUGCAGAGAGAGAGAGAGAGAGAGAGAGAGAAAGAGAAAGAGAAAGAGAAAGAGAAAGAGAGAGAAAGAGAGAGAGAGAGAGAGAGAGAGAGAGAGAGAGAGAGAGAGAGAGAGAGAGACUGCCUUGUAUCUGCUGCUGCCACCUACAUCCCCGGUGCAAGACUUGGUAAAUCACAUGUUUUUAGCCUUACAGCACUCUUUUUAACUGACUGUUUCAAAAGUGACUGCCACUCCAGGAGUAACGAUGCUCCAUUCUGCCUUCUGGAAACACUCAAGCUUCUCCUGGUGUCUCUUUCUCCUCAGACAAACAGGAAGAAAUGUUUACAGUCUCCUCCCUGAGCAGGCUUUUGUCACCACUGUCUUGCUGUGCCUUCAGAUAACGUCUCUCCAGUCAUUUUUUUUUUACUAGUUAUUAAAAAGCUUUAUAUAAUGUAUAUGUAGAAAUAUAUUCUAUUUGUUUUUGCAAAGCUUCAAACUUUCGGUCUUUGGAAACAGAAAAAGAAUCACUGUGUUUGAUCAAGGGCAUAUUGUUGUUUGAUUGUGGGUUUUUUUUCAUGGUGUACCCAGGAUUUUUUUUUCUCUACUUACCGUGUGACAAAACAAGGAUCAAGAGAGAAUUACCAUUUGACGACAGGAGUCAAAACCUAACAAAUGGCACGGUCAGCACUGCUGCUUGCAGAAUAUAAGGGACGAGUAUGACGGACACUUGCUAACUAAGGUAGCUGGAUUUGUCGACAUUAUGUCAGUUUUCAGACAUGAGUUUUGAGUAGUGUUCAGAGGCAGGCUGUUCCCCCCUUCUUUUAACGAUGCUGUCUUUUUAAUGGCACACUUUUGACAGCUCUACUGCUCUUCUGUUUAAAAAUCUUCAUGAUGUUGGUUGCAACAUGAAGAGAUUGACAUCGAAGUGGUGAAAAAUAAAUUCCUUCUUCACAGAAA